AUGGAAGACAAUGCAUCCCAGUUCAGCCCUGAGGCAGUUAUAGCCUUUAAGCGCAAUAGUUACAUGGAUGAUGUCCUUAAGUCAGAGAUGUCUGUGUCACAAGGAAGUAACCUGGCCUAUGACCUGAGGUUGCUUGCAGCAUGUGGUGGAUUUCAUCUAACUCAGUUUGCCUCUAGCAGUACAUCUGUUGUGAAGGAUCAGCCCAUGACACGUCGAGGCAUUCUAUCAAUUGUGGCCUCCGUUUUUGACCCCCUAGGUUUGGCAGAUCCUUUCAUCUUGACUGUCAAGCAGCUUAUCCAGGGCAUGUGUAAAGAUGGACUCAGCUGGGACCAUCCCAUAGGAGAGCCUAGAAGCCUUCAGUGGAAGCAAUGGCCAGAUGAACUGCAGAGGUUAGUAAAUUUCAGGGUACAGAGAUGUUUCAUACCUCCUGACUUUGGUAGGAUUCUAUCCUACCAGUUACAUCACUUCUCAGAUGCAAGUAAUGCAGGAUAUGAUAUGCAAGAGUUGCUAUCUGUGAACUCUCAAGUGUACACUCAUGGAGAUAUGUUGACACCAAGAAUAAUCCAGCAUGGGGUUCACAUUGAUGAGUUCCUCAAGCGCAAGGACUGGGUAAAUGGUCCCCCUUUCCUUGGGGAAAGCGAAGACCAUUGGCCCAAUCUCCCUGCAGAUGUGGUGAGCAAUAAGCUGGAUGUAGAUGAUGCUGAAGUGAAAGGUAAUACAGUUGCAAUCUUUACUGCAGCCAAGGAGCCAGGAGAGUUUGAUCUUCUGUUUGAAAGAUUUUCCAAUUGGACCAAACUACAAAGAGUCAUGGCUUGGGUCCUUCGAUUUGCUAGUAAAUUGAAGCAGGUAACAUCCACAAGCAAGAGCUGUUGUAUUGUUUCUGGAGAUGUAAUGUCAGUUCCUCCUCUUGACUUAGUUGACCUUGAACACAGCGAAAAGGUUAUUCUGAAAAUUGUUCAAUAUUCAUGCUUUGCAGAUGAGCUUAAACUGCUAGCGGAAUCUAAGGCACACAGUGGUCGCAAUUAUGUAUUAAGUCAUCUUAGACAGAGGUAUUGGAUAUUAGGUGCAGGCCCUUUCUUAAAGAAGAUAACAUCUACCUGUACUGUGUGCCGACGUCUUGCACCCCAACCAUUGAUGCAGCUUAUUUCAGACCUACCUGCUGAUAUACUUAGUCCAAAUAAACCACUAUUUACACAUUCAGGGGUCGACUGCCUUGGACCAUUUAUGGUGAAAAGAAGUUGUAGUGAUGUGAAGCAUUACAGAGUGAUUUUUCACCUGUCUGAUAUCCUGAGCUGUCCAUUUGGAAGUUGUGGAGACAUUAAAUACAUCCUCUUUCAUUAUGGCCCUCCACAGGUGUUCAACCCACCAGCAGCUUCUCACUUCGGUGGGGUGUGGGAGCGCCAAAUAAGAUCAGUUAGACGCAUCCUAUUAGCUCUCCUCCGCCAGCAGAAGUUGACUCGUGAGCAGUGCUGCCAGAUUGGGGGAAUUUUCCCUAGUUUUGGGAAAAUCAUGAUUGCAGCUGCUGAAAGAAUCUUUUCAGCAAUUAACAACAUGAAGACCAAGCAGAGAAAUUCCCUUUCCACUAAAACAUUGGUUGCAUUGUUCCAUUAUAGGCGAUACCUGAAAGAGGAUUUUUGUUUUAGUUUCCCUGUAAGUAACGCCCUUCUUCAACGUAUGACCUCUGAUAUGUACUAUGAUUCAGACACUGCUCGUGAGGGAUUAAAGACACUUAUGUGCGAGGUGGAGGCUAUCCUAAAUUGUCGUCCAUUAACCAAAUCCUCAGAGGAUCCACAAGAUGCUGAGCCUAUUACUCCUAACCAUCUGUUUACUCUGAAAGGUCCUUUAGCACCCCCUGGCAAGUUUUUAAAGGAAGAUCUUUACUGUAAGCGCAGAUGGAGACAGGUCCAUCAUCGGAAUAUCUCUGUGGGGGACGUAGUGUUAGUGGUUGAUGAACACGUUCCUAGGUGCUCCUGGCCCAUGGGUAAGGUUAUUGAUGUGGUAAGGGGUAAGGAUGGUCGAGUGAGGUCAGUAAGGGUAAAAACGCAGUUGGGCGAAUAUGACCGUCCAAUUAGUAAAAUGUGUAAACUACUAGAAAAAGAGAGCUCAGGCAAGCAGUAGCAAAGACUAUAUUGUAUUAGUGAUAUGAAACGGUCUGAAUAUAUGUUGAAACUUGAUUCCUCAUACAUAAUGAGAUUGUUGUAUUGUACUUAUAUUAUACAUGAUUGUAUUCACUGUGCCAUUAUUAUUAUUACUGCCUAUGCUGUAUUUUCAUGUUUGUAAACCAUGUCAUGGUUUAAGGGGGGAGUGUAGAAUACAGUGAUUAGUUUAUUUGUAUUAUGAAUGCUUUGGUAUGUAAGUUCUAACCCUCUUGAUUUCUGUGGAUUUAUUUUCUGUGAUUUGCUUAAGUAUGUCAUGAAAUUAUUUCCGUUUUCUUUGAAGCUAAAGGUUGUCGUGCGAGAACCUAAAUUCCUUGUUUUAUAUAUUGUAUUUUGUGGAGUAUUCUCAUCGUAUAAUGUUUUCUAAAGGUUAAAAAUGUAUUCUGGUAUGGAAUUAUACGAGCCUGCAUUGCUGUAGAAAUAGAUUGUGUGUAUAGAAACGAAGGAAAUGACAGCGUGGUAUAGAGUUUGUGUGACUCUGCCUCUUUGUGAUGGCCGAGAUGUGAACGAUGACAUCGUGGCUGCUCCUGAUGUGUUUAUUCUUUGAUUUGGCAGUCAGUAUUUAUGUCAUGUACCAAGAUGAUUGUAUUGAUUCAUUCUUGAUAUUUGUGUAACUGCUGCAGCACCAUUAUGUAGACAUUUAUCUUGCUUGCAGCAAAAUUGUUCUUCACGGUUGUUCUUCACUGUUCUUCAUGU